AUGGUUCGAAAACUGCUCCUAUGGGUCACCACAAGCUGCUGCUUGCAAACUCGUUUGGCACUCCUCGCCGUGAUCUUUGCCGCCCUCACGGGGAUGGGUCCCCUUGUCAUCACGGGUGUGGCCUUGGUCUCCACUUACUUCCUUCUGGGUUCGCGGACCUCCCGCGAUGCCGAAUGUUCUCGGAAGAGUAGUGAAAAGGAUACCUCUACCACCCCUGCCUCACAAUCCGCGAAACAAGCCCCUCAGAAUGCCCCUUCCCAGUCUGUUCCGGACUCUUCAAAAGCCUCUCCCACUUUUGACGGCGCCGCCAGCAAGCCUUCCCCGGCGGGAACCCCUACGCUCACCAAUGUCCCUCAGGACGCCCCUCCCCAGUCUAUUCCAACCUCUUCGGAAGGUUCUCUCGCCUUGAAAGGCGCCGCCGAGGGCACCCAGGGCCCUCCCGCGUCCACCACUAACGACCAUGGCGCUUUGGAAGCUCGUCCUGCCGAGGGCUUAAAGAAACUACAGAACAUCCUUGCACCUCGCUUGAAUGUCCUGCGGAUUUCACUCAUCAUUCCUUUCGACUUCACCAACAGCUUGCUUUGCAUGACGUGGACACGGGGUAGGGCCUACAUGAACUCCCAAAGUCGCCAAGAGUCAAUCAACUUAGCUGAGCACCCAAACUACCUUAACAGCGACAUGCUUCUGGAAGCAUGCACGAGGACUCUAGAGGCCGAUUGCUUGUGGCAAGCGGAAGCCUUCCUAACCGACCUGGAAUCCAAUGAACUCGUCGACAAGUUCAUCCACAAAAUUUGGGAGAGGCUGCAGGACCAGUAUCGCCUUUCUUCGCCGGUGUUCCUUCCGCAAGACAUAAAGGGCACAUACUCUGCUUUGAUUAAGCGUGCGAUUCCAAUACGACUGAAUGCAUGUGGCGAAUCACCGACUGCAGACAGUCCCAGUUGGACAAGCCUCCGCUUUGCAAUCUCGUAUGCUCACAACUUAGAGGAGAUGCCAGACGACAGUAUGAGUCACAGCGGUGGUCAAAUCAGCGGAAAAGGCGGACGCGGAGCCAUCAAAGCCAGACUGGGACUUCGGAGCUCUGAUGUCAUACCUCGACGCGAUCACUACAUGCGCCGAAUGCUACAUGCUCAUGAGCCCCAACACCCAAAAACAGUAUGGCGUUGA